GUUUACAAAUUAUAUCGAGUUUGACUUUUCAAAGAUCAAAGACACAAAAGGUGGCUACAUGGCCGAGGAAGAAAAACCUCCUAACGGCAUGACGCUGGAGGAAUGGAAAGAGAAAAACAGAAAAGUUGUCUACGAUCCUCCGCGCGCGCUCAACCCUGACGAUAACCCGAAAUGUUUCGAGUGUGGCACUUUUGAAAUAGAUUUCGAGCUGUUUAAAGUCUUCAAGUGCCGCGUCUGUCGAGCUUGCAAAAAUGAAAAGCCAGAGAAAUACUCUCUGCUCACAAAGACUGAGUGCCGCGAAGACUAUUUACUUACAGACCCCGAACUUCGAUCUGAAGAAGAUCUCCCUCACAUUGAACGGCCCAAUCCACACAAGACAACAUACAACAACAUGAUGCUCUAUCUCCGAUACCAGGUUGAAGAGUUUGCCUAUAAGAAGUGGGGCGGCGAAGAAGGACUCGACAAAGAGUAUGAGCGGCGUGUUACGUUGCGCAAGGACAAGAAGGACAAGAAGUUUGCCGAGAAGCUAAAGCAAAUGCGACAGCGGACAAGAACGGAGACUUGGAACAAGCGACUGAACGAGGAGGCUCAUGUCCAUACCUGGGGGGCACAGACAAUGGUUCCAGGCAAAGACCUGGCGGUCAGGAAGUGCACAGAGUGUGGGAUGCAGACGGAAGAGGUUGUGUUCUGAGUGUAUAUAGCUGUAGAUAUGAUGUAUGAGUUGAUGUUGAUAUGUAUAUUGGUGGCGUUAGGAUGCUUUCUUUGAUUGGGGUUUUGAGACGAUCAUGAACUGCUCAUGAAUAAUAUGAACAAUAAUAAAUAGAAUGAAUAAUAGAACAACAAAGGAAUACAAAC